UAUGAACUGCACUACGACACGAUGCACAGAAAUGUUUGUUGCCAUUGUUCAGUUCGACUGCCAACUAGUCACCUACUCGACAUCCACAUCAGAGAACUUCAUGCCACUUCUUACGAUCGAGCCCUGCUCAUCAGUCAUGAUGAUAAUUGUUGUGGAGAAUUCAGUACAGCAGCCUUGAGGAAGGAGCACAUGAUUGACGCACACCAGUACCCACCCAACUUCAGGUACUUUCAAUACUUGGGGAGAGAUGAU